AUGCCCAUUGCUCCCCUCCCGCAGGACACCGUCCGCCUCCUGCGCGGCCAUGUGGUAAUCAGUACGCCCGUCUCCGUGGUCAAGGAGCUGUUGGACAACUCAAUCGAUGCCAAAGCCACCAGCAUCGAGGUGCUCGUCUCACGCAAUACGGUGGACAGGAUUGAAGUCCGUGACAAUGGAGUAGGGAUCGAAACUCGGGACUUCGAAGCGCUUGGGCGCCGUGGCCAUACGAGCAAGUUGAAGUCGGCCGAAGAGCUGGAAACCAUUGGCGGCACGUCUCUCGGGUUUCGUGGCGAGGCUCUUGCGGCCGUGGCUGCAGUCGCAAAGGUAACGGUCACCACAAGGACGGCUGCAGACGACACAGCAACUGUCUUUGACUUGCUUGCGAACGGCAAAGGGACGCUCAAGAACGCAAUUAAGUCUACGCCUGUAGGAACAACAGUAACAGCUUUAGACAUGUUUGAACGUUUACCAGUGCGGAAGAAGGUAGCCAUCAAAGAGGCCAAGUCAACGAUAGCCAAGAUGAAGCAGCUUCUCACCGCCUAUGCGCUAGCUAGGCCGCAGCUGAAGUUGGCCAUCAAAGAAAUAGGCGUGACUCAUUCAUGCUUUUCGUACUCACCUCGGCCUCAUGCGACAAUGAAGGCGGCCGCGAUAUGUCUGUUCGGACCGGACCUCAUUGCGCAGUGCGUUGAAAUGACCCACAGGACAGUCGCUUCGGCCAGAUGCAAAGACCUCGCCGAUGGUGUUGUUACUGACAUUCCGGGCCAAUAUGACGGUUAUAUCGAGGUUGUCGCUCUUAUCCCUGCUCAAGGUGCUGCCCCAGCCAAGAUCUCAAACAAGGGUGCUUUCUUCUCUGUGGAUUCUCGACCAGUAUCCGCCUCAAGAACAGUUUUCAAGAAGAUCUACAGUUGCUUCAAAAAAUGCAUUGCCAAAUGUCUCGAGGCGUGCGAUGAUGAGAAGAAAGUCAAAGAACCCUUCAUUGCACUGAACAUUAAGUGUCCUCAAGGAGGCUAUGAUGUGAACCUUGAGCCUGCAAAGGAUGAUGUGCUUUUUACCAACGAGCAAUGUAUCAUUGACGCAUGUGAUGCUCUGUUUGAGAAGACUUACAGGAAUUCUCCUUUCCAGGGUGAGGUUGAGCGAAUCUGCGAUCUAACUCCAGGCAGUUCAAUCGCCCCAGCGAAAGAUAUGGCAAAAAUCAGCAUUCUUGCCCAGAGUGAUCCGCGGAGAGCCGGCGACAUUGACUUCUCAUCCGGUCCCAAUCAACCAACGGAUGCUUCUGGCCAGGAGCCAGUGUCUGAUGAUAUUGGUAUUUACCAUGCUGCGCAUGUCAAGAAUCCUCCCCACGAGAAGACAACAUCAAGAGGUGGACCUCAAUGGAGUGUCAGCAUGAUGGGUGGUGACAGCAGCGAGGAUGAGGACUCACACCCAACACAGAAUCAGUCUGCCAAACAGAAAAGUAAUACUAUCGGGUUGUGUGCUCAGUCGGACUCGAGUGUUCCGACCUCACCCCAUCAAGAGGAAGAAGUUUCGCGGCCACUGGAUGGGGUCAAUCCUUGGAUGCUUGCAAAAAUGAACGCUGCUAUCAAACAGGCAAAUGGAUCCCAACCUGUGCGUCCUGAUGCACAAGAAGACAUUCCAACCACUCCGUCAUCCCCAACGUCGCGGGGCGAACCUCAAGGAUCGCGUCCAGAGCUUGCCCCUGGCCAAGCAUUCUGGGAUAAGACCUCAACUAUCGAUGCUCCUGUGUCCCCACCACGUUUCCCUGCUAUCAGAGAUCUAGAGUUUCCAAUAUUUGGCCAGUCCUCAGUGCUGUCACCAAUGUCAGCUCACCCUCUGAUUCACGGAAGCAUAUUUCGAAGUCCUUCGCCGUCAAACAAUCGAGAACGUCGGAAAUCAUCAUGUCCACCUGAAACCGAUCCUCAAAAAACAGCGCAUCCGGAGACCAACUAUCAAACGCCACCGUCAUCUUCAGGAGCCGAUCGAAGACCUCGCGGUCAGAGAUCCAGCAAAAGAGGAAGCACUUUCCGGGGCGGCAGUCAACAGCUUCGACAGGGCAAGCUGUUUUCAAGGAACGGUUGGGAACCAAAUUUGCCGAAGGGCAAUUCUGGAGGCAUCUCAUCAGGCUUGCAUAAUCCUGAGCCAAAUGACUCUGUUGAGUUAAUGCCACGUCUUGGAUCCCCAGAAAUUCGGAGUAGACAGCCUUUGAGGCCGUUGUCGCCAUCGCAACAAAACAGCCAUAAUGAAGCUCCUUCAGAUCUCAUAGUCCGCGGGAGAAAAAGUCUACGCAAGGAACAUUCUGGGAAAUCUUUCGCCACAAUGGCCAACCCAUUUUCCUCAAUCAUUUCUCUUGGAGCUCCGCCACAGCCAGAGAUUACUACCGCGCGGGCUGUAUUGCAAUGCGAACUUUCCCAUAUGGACGACGGUAUGGCCAAUCACAACAUGCGUCCCCGUCCUGGCAUCAGAAACAAAAGUCGUUCAAAGUCUCGAACGCGUUCGAAGCGGCUCAAGAGCAGCAUGUUGGCCCUGGAGACUGCUACACUGGAUACGUUUGGGCUUGAGACAUGGAAAGAGAACUUCGACUUGAAGCUUCUGCUGGCCGUCGAAGAGCGACUAUCAGCGAUUGAUGAUUAUCUCAUGACAGGGGAUAUUCGCGAGGGACUCCUGAUAAACCACGACACCUUGGGUGCCGUCGAGGCGCAGCUCAAAUCAUUUCUGUACGAGCGCCUGGUGGAUGAGAGUGGCCAUAGAUGCGAAUUCGAGAUUGACUUGCGUCGAGCGAUGGCAGGAGAGCAGGCGUGA